AACAGAAAGGGACUUUCCAGCCCAUGUUUGGAAAUGUUUACUCUGGGGCGCUAUCUGUCAGACAGAAGCCUCUACACUGCACGCUAGAGACCAUCUAGUAGUGUACCGUUAGGUGUCCAUUGGAAUUGAAUCUCGAGGGAGAUCAUUAUACUAACUAACCAUGGCUCAAACGAAAAUCCACCACGCUAAAAUGACUGAAGCCGCUAAAGGCAAAUUCAGCAGAUCAAUGUCUAUGGCAGAUCGCUCUGGACAACUACUUCAAAGUUUGGACCAGCUGGAAAUAAGGGUGGAGGCUUUACGUGAAGCCGCAACUUCGAUGGAACAGGAGAGAGAGUGCUUACUGGAUUUGAUACAAUCCAUAAAGAAUAGUGAAGAAAUGCGCAGCAUUUGUGACGGAGAGCGAGAGGAACUAUCUUUAACUGCUAAUCGUCUUCUGGGUAGGACGCUAACAGUUGAAAUCUCAGUGGAAACCAUAAGGAACUCCACACAGGAGGAUGCGUUACACAAGGCUACCUCUUUGAUUGAUGAGAUUGCAGCAAAGUUGCUUGACGACAUGGAUGGUGCCAGAAAGCGCCUGAUGGCACUGCACGCUGCCUGUGUGACCGAAGCACCAGCUGUUCCUAUCGAUACAAAAAUCCAGACGAUCGUCAUCACCUGCGCCUUGGAAGAUUCAGAAGAAAAUCAAGAGGCGGCUUGAAACUCUGAUAAGAAAUGUGGAUAAUGCUGAGAAGAAUAUUAAAGAUAAUGGAUCAUCGGAAAAUGGAUGACUUAAACAGUGCCAAUGG